CUCUCUAAUAAUGGCAAGAAAAUAUUACAAAUAUUUGACCAAUCAUACAAUAAAUUUACUUUUAAUAUAUUAGUCUCCUAGAAAUUUCGUUCCUGAUAUAAAAAUAAUCUUUUCGUGUCCAGCAGCAAUGAAUGCUCUGCUCGCUAGCAAUUUCCUAUGAGAAAAUCUCACCCACGAAAAUUCUUCCUCCUCUACACUAAAUAUAUACCAUAAAUCAAGCAAAGAACCGGAUUAAAGGAGUGAAAUAAUGCAUUGUAUCCCAUUAUUGUUUCGAAAACAUUAAUUAACUCACCUGGCAAAUGUCAGCAGGUAUAGAAAUAAAAGAUUAUGAAAUAUUGUGUGUGCCCAUCUUAGGUAAGACAAUAACAAGAUUCUGCAAUAUUAGAAUUAUUAUUCUUUUGCUUAACUAAUAUAGGAAUAUAUUCCAGUUAUGCACGAAAUUUUUUCUUAACGUAUUAAGAAAUCUCUGGUGUAAUUCUAUAGAAGCAUUGUUCUCAAGGUUUGAGCAAUAAACAAUGGCGCAGUACGGAUCUAUCCCGCUCUGUAUUCUUACACUAAGCAUUAGUGUAUUGUUUUGCAGUGCUACUGGUGAUGAUAGAAAGGAAUACAUAGUGUAUAUGGGGUCACUUCCAGAGGGUGAAUACUCGCCAUCAUCUCACCACCUCAGUUUGCUUCAAGAAGUUGUUAAGGACAGCUCUUCUGAAAAUGUCCUUGUUAGAAGUUACAAAAGGAGUUUCAAUGGAUUUUCUGCAAAGCUCACAAGUGAGGAGGCACAAAAGCUAGUAAGUAAGAAGGAAGUGGUCUCUAUUUUUCCGAGUACAACUCUCCAACUUCAAACAACAAGAUCUUGGGACUUUAUGGGUUUCAAUGUGACUGCAAGUGGAAAACGAGGCACUCAUAGUGAUAUUAUUGUUGGUGUCAUUGAUACUGGAAUUUGGCCAGAAUCAGAGAGUUUUAAUGAUGAUGGUUUCGGCCCUCCUCCCAGGAAGUGGAGGGGUGCCUGCGAAGGUGGCGAAAACUUCACUUGCAACAACAAAAUCAUUGGAGCUAGACAUUAUUCAUUUUCGUCUGCAAGGGAUGAUCUAGGCCAUGGAUCACAUACCGCCUCUACAGCAGCUGGGAACAUAGUAAAGAAAGCUAGCUUUUAUGGACUGGCACAAGGUACUGCCAGAGGAGGGGUACCCUCAGCGAGAAUUUCUGCAUAUAAAGUAUGUGGUCCAGGUUCAUGCCAAUCAAGCGAUAUCCUUUCCGCAUUUGAUGAUGCUAUUGCUGAUGGAGUUGAUAUUAUAACAAUCUCAAUUGGAGGAAACCAAGCACAAGAAUUUGAUACUGAUGUCAUUGCAAUUGGUGGUUUUCAUUCAAUGGCGAAAGGAAUUCUUACUUUACAAUCUGCAGGAAAUGAUGGUCCUGUAUCAGGAUCAGUGGCAAGUGUGGCACCAUGGAUAUUCACUGUUGCUGCAAGCAGCACGGAUCGUCGGAUCAUAGACAAAGUUGUUCUUGGGAAUGGAAAGACAUUAGUCGGGAAUUCUGUUAAUUCUUUCAGUCUAAAAGGAAAAAAGUUUCCUCUGGUAUACGGUAAGGGUGCAUCAAGAGAAUGCAAGCAUCUUGAAGCAAGCCUUUGCUAUAGCGGCUGUUUAGACAGAACUUUAGUGAAGGGAAAGAUUGUACUGUGUGAUGAUGUGAAUGGAAGAACUGAGGCUAAAAGAGCUGGAGCUCUUGGCGCGAUCCUUCCAAUUAGUUUUGAGGAUAUUUCCUUUAUCUUACCUUUGCCUGGAUUGAGUUUAACAGAAGACAAACUUAAUGCUGUCAAGUCAUAUCUGAAUUCCACGAAGAAACCUUCAGCAAACAUAUUAAAAAGUGAAGCCAUUAAGGAUAAUGCUGCACCUGAAGUUGCUUCUUUCUCUUCUCGUGGUCCAAAUCCCAUCAUAUCAGAUAUUUUGAAGCCAGAUGCCAGUGCCCCAGGUGUAGAUAUCUUGGCUGCAUUCCCACCUGUUCUUUCACCUACAGACGACACUGCAGACAAGAGGCAUGUUAAGUACAGUGUGAUGUCUGGAACCUCCAUGGCUUGCCCUCAUGCUGCCGGUGUAGCGGCUCAUGUUAAAGCAGCUCACCCUGAUUGGUCUGCUUCAGCUAUUAAAUCUGCUAUUAUGACUACUGCUUGGCCCAUGAAUGUUACUGAAAGAUCAGAGGGAGAAUUUGCUUUCGGAUCUGGGCAUGUAAAUCCAGUAACAGCCAUUCACCCUGGACUUGUUUAUGAAACACAGAAGAGUGACUACAUACAACUGUUCUGUGGCCUGGGAUAUACUGCAGAGAAAAUCCGGCAAAUCUCAGGAGACAACAGCAGCUGUAGUAAGGCCGCUAGAAACACCCUGCCAAGGGAUUUGAAUUACCCUUCAAUGGCAGCUAAAGUUGCAGUGGAGGAGUCCUUCACAAUUAAAUUUCAUAGAACAGUUACAAAUGUUGGCAAUGCAAACUCAACCUACAAGGCAAAAAUCUUCUCACGUUCAUCACUCAAGAUCAAAGUUGUGCCUGAAGCUCUCUCCUUCAAGUCCUUGAAAGAGAAGAAGUCGUUCGCUGUAACUAUUGUUGGUCGAGAUUUGACAUAUAACUCAAUUCUGUCUGCAUCGUUGGUGUGGUCUGAUGGUUCUCACAGCGUGAGGAGUCCAAUUGUUGUUUACGGAGGGGGAGAUGAAUUUACAACUCCAUCAGCUUAUAAUUAGCAUGCUUGCCGUAUCGAAUUCCAGUGUACUCGUGAAAUAAUGUAGACUUCGAAUUUGCAUCAGUUAUGAUGUGUUCAAUUUCUCGGGCAACUAAUACAUCCAUGCUUGUAAUUUCUCAUGAACAGAAAUGCUACAAAUUAUCAUCCUUUCUACUCCAUCUAUACGAGUUUUGUUACAGAUACGAAAA